CUGUUACGACGUUCACCAAGAAAGCAAUGUGCCAUUCCUGUUUCUCCAAAGAAAGAAAACUUUGGAGCAGUAAUUAAGGUGGAACAGCACAGUACUCCUAAAAAGAUUCAACAAAACCCAGUCCCACAAGAAGCAGUGCUGGAUUCUCCAAGCAAACACACCAGAAAUGCAGAGGCUUAUCGUAAGAGGGAGACUCAAAAUAAUGACCUUGGUAUUAACAACAUUCAUCAGGUUAAAAAUGAGACAGUACAAAAUUUGAGAAGAUCACCGAGGAAAUUGUGUUCCACCACCAUUCCUAGCAUUCCAUUGGAAGGACUUGCCAAACAUCUACAGGAUGUCACCACACUACAUGAUAAGAAGCAAAGACGUGUAGCAAAUGCAAAUUCAGCAACCACUGCAAGAAAUAAAAAAGGGAAAGAAGAAGACAGUAGUCCAAAUACUUGGAAAUUACGACGUAAACCUGGGAGUGCUGGAGCCCCUUCUGCAGCUAGGAAUUCUCACCUGCUUGGACAACAGGCUGAGGCGCAUGCUUCUGCCUUUCAGACCAAUAUUUUACAUUGGCUGUUUCUCAUCCAACUUCGGGGUCAGAAAGUCACUUUUUGCUGGGUACCGGCCCAUGUAGGGGAGAAAGGGAAUGAGCGCGUUGAUGCUUUGGCGAAAGCAGCUGCUUCUCGCCCUGUGGCACAUCGUUCACUUCUACCUCCCUCUGAUAUGAAGCGAGCAAUAAGAGCUGCUAUCCACUCAAGUUGGCACCACAGGUGGGAUGCUGUUGGAGCAAACAAGCUCCACAACAUCUACCUUGCAUUGGGUGCCUGGAGAUGUCAGGGACUGUCACGCCGCCAGGAGACUGCUUUGGCCCACCUCCGUAUUGGCUACACACGACUGACUCAUGGCUUUUCAAUGGAGAGGGCGCCCCCUCCCCAUUGUGAUGACUGCCUGGUCCCAUUGACUGUUCGACACAUCCUGGUGGAAUGCCCCAGUCUCAGAGAUCUUCGUCAUAAGCACCUCUCCCAGUGCUGA